AUGGACCAACCAGCCCUGACCGCAACCUACAUCUCCUCGACAAACGCCUCCUUCACGGCGUUGCAAACCAUCACCUCCCCCGCAGACAGCACAACAGUCGCGAACAAGACAGCUUACCUCCGCGAGCUGCACCAGGCCGUGCUGAGCGUACAAGACCGCGUCAACCGCGAGCUGACGGCCCGUAUGGAGGAGGAUAACGCGAAGACUGCCCAGGAGGGGGAAAACAAGGGGAAGAAGGGGGUUGAUGAUGCGAAAGAGGAAGAGAAUUAUGGCGAGGAGAUGCAGGAGGAGGAGGAUUAA